UUUUUUAAGUUUUAUUUAUUAGCGCGGCCAGGGUUGUCAUCCAGCGCUCGCGGUGGCGCACAGCUCAUUACCGCGCUAUAACUCACCGUUUUAUCCGCACCGCGAAGAAGAAGUGGCUAACAACAAGCUCACGGACAUCUUGUCAGCUCAGACAAACUGAAAGAGAAGUGUACACACAUCAGCAUUACAGUCACCGACAGGGAUCAGGGCCUGUCUGUAUUCACGCGUUCGAUUGCCAUAUCAUUUUUGUAGACGUUGAAUGUAAGAUAUAUUUUUGACAUCCUGACGUUUUUAAUGUUACUUUUUAUCUAGGCAGCUGGCUAGCUCUCAGGUUAGCUCACAUAUUGAGAAAGAGAGCGAGAUAUAGGGCGCUAGUUAUUCAGGAGCCACUACUGCACCCAGUGGGAAGAUGGCGCUUAAACGAAUCCAUAAGGAAUUGAAUGAUUUGGCACGUGAUCCUCCUGCACAGUGUUCAGCAGGUCCGGUGGGGGAUGAUGUGUUCCACUGGCAGGCAACAAUCAUGGGGCCGAAUGAAAGUCCAUAUCAGGGUGGCGUUUUUUUCCUAACCAUACACUUCCCAACAGAUUACCCCUUUAAACCACCAAAGGUUGCAUUUACUACAAGAAUCUACCAUCCCAACAUAAACAGUAAUGGCAGCAUUUGUCUGGAUAUCCUCAGGUCCCAGUGGUCUCCUGCACUUACUAUUUCUAAAGUUCUCCUGUCCAUCUGCUCACUCUUAUGUGACCCCAAUCCAGACGACCCUCUUGUGCCAGAGAUUGCCCGAAUCUAUAAAACAGACACAGAGAAAUACAACAGAAUAGCGCGGGAAUGGACUCAGAAAUAUGCCAUGUGAUGUUGGAUGGACACAUUUAUACACUGUUUGUUCUCUCAUGUUUUGGACACUGUUGCAAGACCAUAUUUCUCCAUCUGUCUCUUAUGGAGGCACAACCCCAGUUUUCUGCUCAAACCGGAAUGCAGGCCUGCUCGUGGCCUUUCCACACUACAAAAUCUUGAAAUGGACCUCGCCAGUCUGACGGACAUCCCUCCACUCUCAGCUCUGCCUAUCUUUGAUCUUUACCAAUCAACUCCUCUCACUCCACAACACGUCAUGCCUUGUAUGACCAGAGUGUGUUCUCUCUGAGCCGCUCGGAGAGAGAAUGUCUUUAGGUUGUUCUGCUUUUUUGGGGCCUUACUCCUGGAGUGCAUGCAAACACAGGAGAAAAGGUCUGAUGUUGUACAUCAGUGGGAGAUUGAGACUGAUUCCUAUGUUCUGUUUGAUUGUAAAGAUUUACAACAUGCUGAUCAGCUCUUGGCCCAACUUUUCACAGCCGUGACACUGAGAUACAACUCACUUGAUUGGCUUAAAUAUCUAUUUAAAAUCCCGCUACUUUUUUCCUUUCAAUAAAGAUGUAUAACUCA